AUGGUAAUUAAACAAAGAAACCAAAAGUUUGAAAUAACCACGGGUAUUAGGAACAAUUUAGCUAAGUAUCAAGAGUCUAAAAUAUUUAGAGAAAUUGUUCAAAAUGCUGAAGAUGCUGGUGCAAAUGAAAUCAUCAUUAAAUUAGAUUUAAAUACCUAUGGCUCUAAAAAAUUAUUUUUUAAAGAAGAUGAUGAAUUCUAUAACAACUUAAAGGAUCUACAAGGACCAAGUAUUAUCAUUUAUAACAAUGGUGUAUUUAAAGAUAGUGACUGGGAAGGUAUUGAAUAUAUCGGUGAAGGAUCAAAAAAGAAAGAUAUGCUUUCAAUUGGUAAUUUUGGGUUGGGAUUCAAUUCAACAUACCAUAUUACUGAUUGCCCUCAAAUUAUAUCUGGAAAAAAACUUUGGUUUUUAGAUCCAGUCAAGCUAAUUAAAGAGGGUAUCGAAUGUGCUGACUUUACUGCUGAAAACUAUGAAGAGUAUGAAGAUCAGUUUAAACCAUUUGAACAGUUUGGCUGUACAAUGAAGUCAUUUUUCGAAGGUACCAUCAUUCGUUUACCAUUGAGACUAAGAGGAAAUAAAAUCAAAGAAAAACCACUAUCUAUCAAAGAUUGUGAAAAAAUUCUUGAAGAAUUUUACAAUGAAAUGUUAGAAAUCCCAAUCUUUCUUAAAGUAAUAUCAUCUAUUACUCUUGAGAGAAGCUCUAAUUUUAUUUUUAAGGUACAAGUUAAAAACCAUGAUCAAGUUCAAAAUGAAAGAAAAAAAGUUGGUGAACAUUUAAAAACAAUUGUAAACUAUGAAAUGAAAGAUAAAACUGACAAUUAUGAAUUCAACACAAUUAUAUCAAAAAAAAAUCAAAAUGAUUUUAAAUCAACAUAUCAACUUGAAAUGGAAACAUCAUUAAAUAAUAAUGGUGUAACCAAAAAAAAUGAAAUCAGUUUCAUUGUAUCACAAGGUAUCUUAGUUUCAAAUGAACUCAACUCUCUUGUAAUUGACUCAGAGAUCAAAUUAGUAUCGUAUGGAGGUGUUGCAAUUCCAAUUACAAAUAAUAAUGGCACUAUCGAAGUAUAUGAUAAAGAAUUUCAAGGUAAACCAUUCUGCUUUUUACCAAUAGGCAAUCAAAAAAUCAGUUCAAAGGCUCAUGUAUUUGGAUACUAUAUUCUUUCUGAUGCUCGUUCUGAAAUUCAAUACACAAGUCAAUCAAAUCUUGUAAAAACUCAAGAGUACAAAAUCAAUAAAUGGAAUCAUUUUAUCUCAGAAUCAGUUGUUCCAUUUUUUUAUAAAGAAGCACUAAAUUACAUGACCAGCUUCAAUAUCGAUCUAAUAUCAUAUUUCCCAUACCACUGUCUUGUAAAUAAAUCAAGUAACUCAUCAGCCGAAAUUGACUUUUCAAUUCAUACUAUGGAAUAUAUUAUGAAAUCAAAUCUUUUUUUCACUGUAUCUGAAAGAUAUUGUAGUUAUAUUAGCUCUAUAAUUGUAAAGGGAAACACUCAACAAUUUAUUUUAGAUUAUCUUGAAGGAACUGGAUCAAAUGUUAUAUUAUUAAAUGACUCUUUCAUCAACUAUCUUAGUAAGAAUGGUUUUAAAGUUGGUAUAAUUUCACCAAAGAUACUUUGUUCUGAGUUAUCAAAAAACCAAUUGGCUGAAUAUUCCGAAGAUAUUUUAAACUAUCUUUGUUCUGACCAUAAUGGUGUUAUUAGAGAAGGACUGUUAAACAAUCUUAAAAUUUUCCCAAUAAAUCACUCGGAUCUAACAAAAUUGGACUCAUUGCAAACAAAUCAUAGUUUAUCAAAAACCCAACCUUUCAUUGUAGUAUCUGAUGAAAUAUAUCAAUUAUUUAUUGACAUGAAUUGUAAUGUUGACUAUGUUUUAAAUACCUCUAAACUGUGCCCAAAUGUAAAUGAAAAUAUCAAUUUAAUCAAAAAAAUCUAUGUUAACUUUCAAAUCAUCGAUAUUGUUUCAUUUUUAAACAAAUUAAAUAUGGAUACAGCAUGUGACCAUCAAAAAACCAUAUGGAAAUUAAUAGAAAGCUUUAAUAAUUUACAUUCAAAUACUCCAAAAGUAAAUGAAUUAAUUUCAAAACUACCAAUCUUUCCUUAUAAAAAUAAACAAUCUUCAAAAAUAAACUAUAUCAGCUUUAAUGACCCAAGAGCCUUUUCAAAUCAUUUGACAUCAGAUGAAAAAUAUAGAUCAAUAUUAGAGAAAUUAAACUUUAUUAUCAUUGAAAAUCAUGGCCCUUCAAAAAUAUUUUUAGGUAUAUAUGAAACUUUAGAAAGAUCAUUAAGUAAAAUAUUUACAACAAUCAAAAAUAUUAAAUCAUUGGAAGAAUUACUAUCACCAGAGGAAAUUUCAACUCUUAGACAAUAUCUUUUCAAUUUAUUGAAUCAAUGCUAUCACCAAUUCGAUAAAUGGGGUAAAUUUAAUACAAAUUCAUUUUUCGCAAUACCAAUUCAUGAAUGUAUUGGUAUAAUUGGUCAACAAUUCACAUCCAUCUCCGAAAAGUCCAUUUGUUCUAAAAUUUCAAAUAUCAGAAAUUAUGAAAUCAUUGGCAAAGAAAUUGUUUUAAUAGAAAACUAUAUAUAUGACAAUAUCCAAUUACCAACAAAAUCAAUUUAUAAAAAUGAAACAGAACUUCACCUAAAUUAUCUUUUACCAAACCUACCACGCUUUCCAAAUUUGAAAUCAAUAGAAAUCAUUAAAAACUUUGUUAACAAAUACUUGUAUGGCCUAAAUAAAAAUGAAAUUACAAAGUCAAAUUGGAUAUUGACCAAUGAUAACAAAUACAUAAAUAUUUCAAAGUUUUAUCAUCUUUCAAAAGAAGAAAUGGAUAUAUAUGACAUAAUUGAUCCACAACUUGUCAUCAACGAUUCACUUAUUAGUAUAUCAGAUCAUUUAUAUAAACUAAAAUUGAUAAAUAAUAUAUCAAAAAGCCGAGUAAUAGAUGCCACCGCUAAAUAUUUACAAAAACAUCCCUUUAAUGAUGAACUUUACAAUUUGUUUUUAGAUUAUACCAAUCAAUUAAGCAAGAAUGAAAUUAAAACAGAAUUAGACAAAAUUAAUAAAAUAAAAUUCAUUUCAAGUUCAAAAGUUUAUACAUAUCCAGGUUUUGAACCAAAAACCCCAACCAUUUCACUUUCAGAAGCUACGAUUUUAGAACAUAAAGAUAUCAAGUUUUCAAUCAAAUAUCCAAUCAAAUUUGAAAAAACCUCAACUAUUUAUCAAUACUUAAAAGAUGACAAUCAAACAGUUUUUGACCAUUGGUAUAAACUAUUAAAAAAUUGGGGAAAUAUCACAAAUAAAAUUGAUGGAGCAACGAUUUUUGAUUCAAUUUAUAGAAAUGUAUCAAAAAUUAAGAAACUUUCAGAUCAGCAAACCAAAUGUAUAGAAGAAAUUGAAAAAUGUAAUGUACUAUGGUUUGGAAAUGAACUUUUCAGUAUUGAUAGAUUGUAUACCGAAGGUGAUUAUAUAUUUACUCCAUUCUACUACAAAGUCAAUUUAUCAGUUUACCCAAUUUUCAAACAAUUCAAAAUGUUUAAAAAAAUAUUACAACCAAAUGAUUAUUACAAUAUUAUAACAGAUAUUCAAAAUCAAAAUGAUAUCAACGAUCAUUUGAUUGGAAUAUAUUGUAUUUGUUUAAAACUAAUAUCAUCCAAUGAUAGAAACGAAAGUUUUAAAAAAGAAAAUAUUAAAUUAUUACCAACCAUUUCAAAUAAACUAGUAGAAUUUAAUAAGGUUGUAUUUUCUGAAAUACCACUUGAAGAUGAAGAGUACUUCCAAUUAAAUAAAAGUAUUGAUAUUUUAACCGUCGAAAAAUUAGAAAUUCUCAAGUUUUCACAAAUUACACAAGAAAAAGUAGCAUUACCAUUUGGUCAAAAAGAAGAACUUGUUCCACGUUUACAAGGUCUUAUUAAAGAUUAUAGAACAGAAAGUUUUUUUAAUGAAAUGAUUCAAAAUGCCAGCGAUGCCAAUGCAAAUGAAGUUAAAAUAUUUAUGGAUCGAAAUAGCUAUAAAAGUGACUAUAUAAAACCAAAAGAUGUUCCAGAUUUUGAAAAUUAUCUUUCCAACUCAUUAGUUAUUUAUAAUAACUCAAUAUUUACAGAUCGAGAUAUUGAGAAUAUUCAAACAAUAAGUUCAUCAUACAAAAAACAAGAUCAAUCAACAAUUGGUUUCAAUGGUUUAGGUAUUAACUCAGCAUACAACUUUUCGAAUGUUAUUACAAUUUUAUCUGGAAAGUAUUUAAUGAUAUUAGAUCCAUUUAUUAGCCAUAUUCCAGUAUCUAAGAGUAGAUCAACAGGUGCAAAACUUGAAAUUAUCAAAGAUUUUAAUAGAAAUGAUAGAAAAGAUUUUUUCAAACCAUUUUUAAAUUACAAAAAACUAUUCAAUAUUGAUUUCGAUCAAGGAGAAUUUAAAGGAACCAUUAUUAGAUUACCAUUAAGAAAAAAUAUGAAAAAAGAAAACAAUAUCAGUGAAGCUUUAUAUUCAUAUGAAAAGGUUUUAAAACUUUUCAAAGACUUGGCUGAUAACAAUUUACAUAACUGUAUGCUUUUUACAAACAUUAGAGAUAUUGAAAUUGGCUCAUUAAUUCAAGAUGAUUAUAGUUUAUUUUACAAAACAACUAAACAAACUCCGAAACCAAUCGAACAAAGAAAAACUAUUGAGGUAUUAGAUGUUAUUCCAAUGGAUUUAACAGAACAAAACUUUUUAAUUAUAGACAAAACAAAACAAAUGAAAGAAACAAAGAGAUUUAUAGUAGGUUCAACAACUGUAUUUGAAGACAAUGAAAAGUUCUUAAAUAAACUUCCAGAAUAUAGUAAAAUCAGAAAUUUCCUCACAAUGUAUACCGAUGUAAAGAGAAAACCUUAUGGUAGUAUUGCUUUUGAAAUAUCGGAUGUAGAUGGAUCUUAUAUAAAACAAAAAUCGAAAUCAUUUUGUUACCUUCCAUUCAAAGAUAUUGACCUGCCAAUCCAUGUUAAUGGUUUCUUUUCAAUGACCACAGCAAGAGAUAUAUUUGAAACAAACAAAUCCAUCAACCUUACACUGGAAGACCCAUUGAAACGAGUAGUUGAUAAAACAGUUCAAAAUCAAGAAUCAUUUUUAAUAUAUUGGAAUACUUUAUUAAUUGAAGAUCUUAUUACUCCAAUAUUUAUCAAAUCAUUAAUAUUAUACAAAGAAAAAUAUAUUGCAAAUGAAAGCCACCCAGAUUUCAAUGUCUACUUUAAACUUUUAAAGAGUUUUUAUCACCUUUUCCCACUCGAUAUUCCUCACAGCACCUCUAUUUUCCAAAAACUCACUUUAAGAUUCUAUCUUAUUUCAAAACUAAUGAAGAUAGACUUUUUAAUUCCACACCCAAACUACUAUGAUAGAAACAACCCAGAUUCAUUCUUAUUAUCAAUUGACGGCACCCAUAAACCCAGUAAUUCAAUAUUAAAAUGUUUUUCAAAUUAUGGUAGUAUUUUCUUUAUUCCAGACAAACUUUGUGAAUCACUAGAUCUUAAAGAUUUAUAUAUAAGCCCAGAAUUAUUAUCAAAAACAAUUAAAAGUAAAAGUCUAAACUCAGAUAUUUUAAAUAACAUCGAAUGUUUAAUUGAUAUUAUUACUUAUUUGGGUCCAUCUCUGUCAGAUGAUUGUCAACUUUUAAAACUAAAUAACGGUGCAGUUGAAUUCGUUAAUAAAAAAGAAACAUUAAUAUUCAAUCAAGAAUACUAUGGAUUAUUAAAAAACAACCCAAAAAUCAACAAAGAUGAAAUAUUUUUAGAUAAAGAAUUUUCUGAAAAGCUUUUCUGUAAAAUGAAAUGGAAUUCAAAUAAAAUCAUCCAAUUAGACCCAAUCCAAUUCUUUUUCAAAAUUAUUUACCCAAACUAUGAAAGCUUUUCCUUGGAGGAUAUUAAGAACAUUUUAAACUUUUUAAAGAAUUGUUUUUAUAGUAAUGGUAAAUUCGAAAUGGUCUCAUUUAAAGAAAAGCAACAUAAUAAAUUUAAAAAAUCAAAAUUAAUACCAUCUAAAACGAAUGAUAUAGUUCAAUUAAGAUCAAUUACUGAACUAUAUAGCUUUGAAUUUAAAAAUAUGUUUAACUUAUUAUAUCCUUUAGAUUGCUUUAAUACUCAAGAAUGGAAACGAAUCUUUGAAGAGUUUGGAAUCAAAACUCAUUUAGAUAAGGAAAACAUUGAAAGUGAAUUCAAGAGACUUUCAAAUGACUUUUACAAAUUACCCUCAGAGGAAUCAAAAGAUUAUAUAACAAAGAGAAAAGAACUAUUAAAUAAAUCAUCCUAUUUAUGGACCAAUGCAAUUAACUUACACCAUUCAUCAAAAGACUCUUACAAAGAUCUUUUCAACUCCAUUAUAGAACUAAAUAUUUUACCAACAAAAUCUUCAGAUUUAUUUGGUAAAAAAUCACCAGUACCAUUUUUAGGAAGAAUAAAUAAUUGCUAUAUCAGCGAACAUGAAAAUUUGUGCUACACAAUCAAGUAUCCAUCUGAUAUAGUUAUUCAAUUCCCAAAUGACUACAACCCAAUUACAAAUGAAGAAGUUUUUGAAAAUCUAAUUAAUAUAAUCAACAAUCACAACCAAUGGCCAAAAAGAAAUAAUCAACAUGAUGAUAAGAUUUUUAAUCUUUUAAGAAUAAACUGUCAAUAUUUAGAAGAUCAAUUAAGAAGGAGAUUUCCAAUUAGAAAUUUUGACAAAUUUAAAAUUAAUAGCUUACCAGUUCAAGACUCAAACAAAUCAAUCUCAUUUGAGAAUAUUAUUUUUGAAAGUUAUAAACUAGAACCAUUUUUUACAUCAUUACCCGCAUUUUAUUCAAGCUUCCCAAAUCUAUUCAGAUUAAUGGGCGUAAAAACAAUUGAAGAAAAGGAAACAAUAGUCGAGAGAUUAAAUCAAUACCUUCACACAGAUAUAUCCAUUCAUAUGAAAUCAUUUAAGACAUUAUAUGAUAUGCUAUAUCUAAAGUAUAAUAAUAAAAAUAGAGAUAAAACAAUUCCAAUCUUAACAAAUAUCAAUUUUUUAAAACCUUUGUCGAAAGUUUUUCAUGUAGAUGAUAAAAUGAUGUUUGAAAGAAUAGAUGUUUCAAAUCAAUUGUGGGCCAUAAACUCAAUGUAUAACAAUGAUAUUCAAACAUGGGGAAUUCCAGAACUAUCAACUCUAAUUAAAGAAGAAAUUAAUAAAGAAAAAUCAAUUUUCAAUGAAAAUUAUGAAUCUUUGGAAUUAGAAAUAUUCAAAUCAGAAUUUUUAAAUGAUCCCGAACUAAAAAGAUUAGUUUUAAAUCAACCAGAAAAAAUGAAAAUAAAUGAUUUAUCCUUAGUUUUUGGUUCGAUCCAUGUUCAAUCAACUCUAAUCUCUACAAACUCAAAUAUUUCAAAUAACAAGAAAACCAACUAUUUCUAUGAUACAGCUAAAAACAUUUUAUACUUAGACGAAAAAAUAGAUAGUAUUUAUUCCCCAAUGGAAAAAAUUUUUGAUUUCAAUUCAAACUCAUUAAAGAACAUUUUUAAUAAUAUUAAAGUAAAAAGAGAUCGUGUAAAGACUAAUCAAAAAAAUGAAGAGUUAGAAAACUUAUUAAAAGAUUUUAAUUUAUCUAGAAAAUUUAAAAAUGCGACAACAAUAACAAAAACAAAAAUAAUUAAUGAUAAAUCAAGAAUUUUGUACGAAAUUUCUUUUGAAAAAAAUCAAAUUGCUACUAUUAUGCACAAUAAUCAUAAAUAUGAUGAAGUUUUUAAAUAUUGUAAUAAAUCGAUCAUGUAUGCGAUUAAAAGUAUUUUAGAGUAUGAAGGAGUUUUCUAUGGAACCAGUGACGAUAUAAAUAGAUUAAAGAGACUAACCAAUUACUUCAACGAACAAAAAGAACCUACACCGUUUGAAACUAAUUUAAACCAAUUCAAAACAUCACUAUGCAAAUACUCAAAUGAAGAAAACUCAUCAGCAUUAUUAUUAGUUUCAAAUGAAUAUUUACAAAAGGCAAGUUUUAUUUUCAGUCAAUAA